AUGCCGAUCAAUCAGAAAUACUUCAACGCCUCACUGUUGCUGUUUCGUAUUCUCUAUCAAAUGGGCAGAAGGGCAGUCUUCCCCGGAUCCAACUCAGGCGAUGAAGGACAGCAAGAUCUGGAGUCGUGGCAGUUGCGUCCAAAAUCACUUCGCACCGUGAUUGUGCCAGAGUCACCGACUAGGACGUGCGCCAUCAAUCUCUACGGGUUGCCAAGAGCCUUUGAAUCCCUUGCUUUACCGACACUCAUAAAGAACGUGAUUCGUCCCAAUGCUAUCAAUGGUUGCGACUACUUUGUGCACUACUAUUACUUGACAGAAGAAAUGCCGGGGCGGUCCGGCGAAGGAGGUCGCAUAAAUCCAAAUGAGGUAGUGAAGUUGAAGCAAGCAGUUCAAGAGUUCUCUCCAAAGUCAGUUAUUCAAUUUCGCUACGAUAAGGAACAGGCCUUUUGGGAUCAAUAUCAACCGCUUAUUGACAAAAUCCGAGCAAGCAACGAUACGGAUGGAAAAUUCUUAUACUUUCCGUGGCGCAGCCCAUCGUAUGUAUACCCAAUCACUACUGAUAACAUUGUUAAGAUGUGGCACAGCAUUCAGUCAGCGUGGAGUUUAAUGACGCUGUACGAGACUCUGACAACCCGAAAAUUUGACAGAGUUGCGAUGCUACGCUUGGAUGUCGUCUACAUUACACCAAUCAACGUAUUUCAAGUGAAUCGACGAGAGGUUGGCAAGAAUGAAAAAGUGGCCUUAAUACCUGGCUUUGGACGUCAUCCCGUCAGCGAUCGUUUGAUUAUUGGACCACGAGAGGCGAUCGAAAUUUGGGCGUCGCAGCGAUUUGAUCGUCUCGAGGAGCACGUGAAGUUCGUACACGAGAAGCAUCCGGGCUGGGGUAUGCAUUCCGAAAUGUUUCUCCAUUGGACAAUCUUCCCGGCCAUUCGAGACACUGGGACGAGCAUCGUGGAAGACGACAGUUUGUGCUUUUUUCGGGCGCGCGCCGACGAGUCGGUAUGGGUUAGUGAUUGUGGUGGGAAACCGGAGUAUGCCAAAACCUCCAUUUUGAAGAAUCUUGGUGGGGACAAAGUUGAAGUAUUGGAAUCGGUACUCGGACGGAAAUGCCGAGGCGAAGCUCAGAAUCUUUCUUGGUCCUUUGUAGCCCUGGGCUGUCCAGCAGGGUAG